UUGCGCGUCUUUCUAAUUGGCCAGCUUGCCUUCCUUCUGCAUUGUGAUUGGCUAGCGAGUGUUGAGGGAAAAUUAAAUCGAAUGUUUGAACCACCUUAGGAACCAUUGAGGAAACGGGUGCCUGGAUUUUCGUUGGUGCUUGUGAUUCUCUCUGCUUUAUAGUCUCUCAUAUCACCGCCGAAGGGAAGAUGGGAGAUGUAGUCGAGAUCCAGAUCACACCAGAAACCCCGGGGAGACCCGCCAUCCUCAACCCGUUUGAGAGUCCCACCGACUACCACCGCCUGCACGAGCCUCUGGUGCCCAGUCCAUCUGUGUUCAAGUGUUCAAUCGCCUCCUCCGCUACACCAGCAAAGUUCAAAUGGUCCAUCGAUGAAAUGGCAAGCCUCCUCCCAGUGCACAUAGACCCCGAGGAUAUUCACCGCCAGGCUUUGUUUAUGAGCCAGUCCAGGACGGACGCUGAAAUUGAGCAAAAGCGACAGAAUGCGAUUGAACAAUUUUUCACUAAAGGUGCUAUAGUUCCGUCGCCAUGGGGACCGCUGGCGAGUAAACAGUCGACGCUGCUGAGUCACGAGAAAAGUUUAUCGUCGCCGCUUGUAACGGAAGAACAGCCAUCAGCAAAGAAAAUACACGCGACCUGUCAGACAACUUUGUCUUUACCUGUGGACUUCGAUAUUGAAAAAGUAUUGGGUGAUUACUAUAGGAUGGAUGAGGUCUCGGAGCAAGUUCAGGAGAGCCUCAGCUGCUCUUCACUGAGGCGGAAGCUUUUCCUCGACGGCCAUGCCAGUGGCUCAGAUUCAUCCAGCCCUCCCAGCCCGGAGAGAGAGGCCCACGGUGGGAGCAGAGAGACGAUAUCACCGGUCAUCGUAUCACCCGUGAAGUGUGGGAUCACAGCCACGACGCCUUCGUCCGGUCAGUUCUCAUCCAGUCCUAUCCAGGAACGAGGUCGUGCUUAUAGUCUGGGCAGCAUGACCAGUCCCAUGUUUCCAGAACUGUCGUCUCCUCUGUUUAAGUCCCCCACCGUGUCCCCUAUCGUCCUGCAGCACUCGAUCACACCUCAGUCAGGUGAGAGGAAGCGAUUGUCCUUCCUGACUCCUGACGGUCUUCCUUCCUGUAGCCAGAACGCGGCUGUAAACCGGUGUGGCCAGAGCCCGUACGUGGAGGGCUGUUCUCCCAUUCGCAGCUGCUCUCCUCUCCGCGCUCACCACAGCAGCAGAUCCUCCUCCGUCCUCCAACCACACCUCCAGGACAAGGAGGACAUCUUCCUCAGCGAGUCUUUACCCACUAUGGUGCUGGACUCGUGCUCCCCCGGGGUCCAGGCUAGGCAUGGCGAGAGCCAGGGGUCCCUGCCCGUUUUGGAGAGGAUGGAACAGAGCGAGCCAAUUGAGGACGAGCUGGGACAAGCGUCUCCUCGUCCGUUCCCUGAAGAAGACGAGGAGGAAGAGGAGGUGGAAGAGGUGGCGAGCGGAGAGGAGUUCUGUCGACUGAGCAGCUCGUCCAACGGAGAGAGUACGCGCAUGUUCGUGUCGCUGCUGGCUGAGAGGAGCAUAGCGCCGUAUGACAUUAGCAUGCAGGUGGACAGCGGUUAUAACACAUACUCCACGUGCACCAUCAGCCUUAUGGACGCCGUCAGUACAGACAGCCAGAGCAAGGAGCCGCAGGACACACACACGACCGAGGAGGGACUCGCUCACUCUAAACACACUAAGUCGAAGCUGUUACUGCCAUCCCACUGAACACGAAGGACGGAUCAGGGACUCCACGUCUUUCCUCUCCCCUCUUCCCAAAGCUCAGAAGAACUGUUUACACGGUGCUUUUUUAUACCCAAUGCCAUGCUGUUAUACAGUGAAUUCUUGCACAGGUGACUUAUCUUUAACAUCACGAAACAAAGCGACGUUAUUGAACAAUUUUACCUCAUGGAGUUCUCAGACUCAAAUUGUGAUAGAUGGAUAUAUGCUCCGUUUUAUUUAAAAAGUGUCUGAAUUACUGAAUAGAAAUGUGUACUGGCAUUAAUUGGUUGAUUUUUACUUGAUAUGGAUUCCCCCUCCCUCCCUUAUGCAAUUUUUGUACAUUGAUGUAUGCUCUUGAUUAUUUAUGAACUCAUGAUUAGAACCACUAAAGUGCAGAUGAGUAAUAAUCGGUGUAUUUAAUGUUGCUCUGUGCAGCAUUAAACCUGUGUUUCUCCUAAAUUGCAAUAAAUGAUUUUGAUAUGAAAUUGA